GCCUCGGUAUACCUAGCCAAGUUUCUUUCGCCUUCUCCUCCGCCGCCAACUUCUCUCCUCCUCACUUCGCUCCUUCUUCCUCCCCCGCACUUCGCACUUCUCAGAUCGCUCUCGCUCCCGCCUGCUGCGAUGGCUGCCUCAUCCUCUCCCCACGCUCUCCUCGUCCAGCAACCCCUCCGCCCUUCCUCCCCCCUCCCUUGCAAGCAGACGCUCCUCGUCGCGCCCCUCCGCCGCAAAACUCGCCUUUCCACCAUCUCCUGCACUGCCGUCCGAUCUCCCCCGGUCUCGCCCUCCGUCGCCACCGGACGGAUCUUCAACUUCGCCGCCGGCCCCGCCACUCUCCCAGAGUCCGUCAUCCUCAAGGCUCAGGCCGAACUCUACAACUACCAUGGCUCCGGCAUGAGCAUCAUGGAGAUGAGCCAUCGAGGGAAGGAGUUUGACGCCGUCAUCAAGAAGGCUGAGUCCGACCUCCGCCUCCUCCUAGGGAUAUCCGACGACUACGCCGUCCUCUUCCUCCAGGGCGGCGCCACCACCCAGUUCGCCGCCGUCCCUCUCAACCUCUGUGCUCCCGGAGACAGCGCAGAUUUCGUCGUCACCGGAUCGUGGAGUGACAAGGCCUUCAAGGAGGCGCAGAAGUUCUGCAAGGCCAACCUGAUCUGGUCCGGCAAGUCUGAAAAGUACACGAAGAUCCCCGCGUUUGAUGACCUCAAGCAGAACCCGGACGCAAAAUUUUUACACAUCUGCGGCAACGAGACGAUCCAUGGAGUGGAGUUCAAGAAUUACCCCAGUCCUAGCAAUAAAAAUGCGCUUUUGGUAGCUGAUAUGUCGUCCAACUUCUGUUCGAAGCCUGUUGAUGUUUCGAAAUUUGGCUUGAUCUAUGCUGGGGCACAGAAGAACGUUGGUCCCUCCGGCGUCACGAUCGCGAUAGUGCGCAAGGAUCUCAUUGGCAAUGCCCAGCCCAUCACGCCUGUGAUGCUGGACUACAAGAUCCAUGCUGACAGCGCUUCCCUCUACAAUACUCCGCCUUGUUUUGCGAUCUAUAUUUGCGCUCUGGUAUUUGAGGACCUAUUGGAGCAAGGUGGGUUGGCAGGGGUUGAGAAGAAGAACCAAAAGAAGGCUGGAAUUCUUUAUGAUACCAUUGAUGAGAGCAAUGGGUAUUACGUAUGCCCUGUUGAGAAGUCAGUUAGAUCCCUGAUGAAUGUUCCUUUUACUCUGAAAAAGUCUGAUCUUGAGAAGAAAUUCAUCGAGGAGGCUGCAAAGGAAGGCAUGGUUCAGCUGAAGGGACAUCGAUCAGUGGGCGGUGUUCGGGCUUCCAUUUACAACGCUAUGCCGUUCGCAGGAGUUGAGAAGCUCGUUGCCUUCAUGAAAGAUUUCCAAGCCAGGCACCCUUGAUUUUGUUAUUUCCUAUUCUCGGUUGCAACUCGAGGCUUUCUUGUUUUGCUUGUGGUUUUGUUGUCCUAUGGAUCGAAUUCAAUCCUUGCUUAACUCUGUCUUUUACUAUGUGCCGACUUCUAGAAAUAAGGCCAUUUGUUUGUCUCGGCAUCAGAAAGAUCAAUUUUCUGUCAGAUGUAGAUCGUGUCUUCCUUGAUCUGAUAUAAUUCUACAACUUUUGAUA